AUGUCACAAUCAGAGAUACAAGAGAAGAAACAGCCAAAAUCGUUUGAAGCGCUUACGCCUGAGCUGUCAACAUGGAUUUUGGAUUUCACUCAAAGCAUGGGUUUUGCCCGGACCACUCCUGUGCAGGCCAUGGCGAUUCCGCUACUGAUGGGCAACAAAGAUUUGGUGGUUGAGGCAGUCACAGGAAGCGGCAAGACACUCAGCUUCUUGAUUCCACUGGUCGAAAGAUUACUCAAGGCUGAAGAGCCUAACAAAAAGGGAUACGUUCGAUCGAUCGUCAUCGCACCGACCAAGGAACUUGCAACACAGAUUUACGACGUUCUCAAAGGCUUGGUGGAAUUCCAUUCACAUUCAGCUGCAGCAUGUCGGCCUCCUACUCCUCCAGAGGACAGCGAGGACGAGGAUGCAUUGGAUGGGUUUGUCAAGCCUGUUGUGUUGACAGGGCCGAGUGUCAUUCCACAGCUGUUAGUCGGAGGUCGCACUAAGCUAUCAGAAGACACAGCGACGUUCACGACUCUGAACCCAAAUGUGUUGGUUGGAACACCAAAGCGACUAUUGGAGGUGAUACAAUCCUCGAAGGUCGUGCUCAAACGGCAUUGGUUCGACCUACUCGUUCUUGACGAGGCGGAUCGAUUACUUGAUGCCAAUUUCAAAGAGGACCUUCAAAGGAUCUUGGACCUCCUACCAAAGGAACGACGAACCGGACUUUUCAGUGCAUCAGUCUCCGAAGCGGUCAACGAGCUUGUGAGAGUGGGGAUGCGAUAUCCUUUCAAGAUCAGUGCCAAAGUACGCAGUAAGUCCGGUGCACUCGACAAGCGGACGCCGGAGAGCCUGAGGUUGUAUCAUGUCACAUGCAAAGCGUCCGCCAAAAUCCCAUACCUGCGCAGGAUUCUGGCAGCAACUAAAACGGAAAAAUGCAUACUGUACGUGUCAACGCGUGCUAGUGUUGACUAUUGGAAUCACGUUCUGCCUUCACUUCUCGAUAUGGCUGUGUACCCAUUACAUGGCGACCACAAAGCUCCUAUCCGCAUGAAAAACUUAAAUCGAUUUCGAGAUUCUGUCGCCCCCGCAAUGCUUCUGACAACGGAUGUCCUCGCGCGAGGAAUCGAUAUUCCCGAUAUCGAUUUAGUCGUGCAGCUAGAUGCUCCAAUCCAGCCGAAAGACUUUAUCCAUCGAUGCGGUCGUUCUGGUCGAGCUGGUAAGCGGGGCGUUGCGGUCACAUUCCUCAACGAAGGCUGCGAGGAGGAUUAUGUCAAGUACCUAGAUUUGCAGGGAACAAGGCUUGAGCCGUAUCCCGAUACGCCUGUCCUCCCGCCAGCGGAAAUUUCCGAUGCGAUUACGACGAUCCGGAAAACGUUAACGCAGAAGCGUGAACUACACGAUCGCUCCCAAAAGGCAUUCGUCAGCUGGGUCCAGGCUUACAGUAAAACACUGCCAUCAGACAUUUUCGAUGUGAAGCGACUAGACUGGCCAGAAAUCGGGCGCUCGUGGGGAUUAUUACAAUGGCCGAAAAUGCCCGAGCUUAAGCGAUACUUCCCCACCGCUUCGCAGAAUCGCACGUACGAGCUUGAUCUCCCUGCAGACUUCCGGCUCGACACCCUCGCGUACACAGACAAGGUGCGGGAGUCCAAACGACAGGAGUAUUUAGCGACUAUCGCACGUGGUGAACGUCCAGAGCUACCCAAGCGCCUCGGCGGAGCGCUCGCUGAGAUGCAACGCAGAAAGGCGAAUGCCUGGAGCUCACAGAAAGAUGCAAAGGCACUGAAGGAGGCGCGCAGGGAGAAGAAAGUCGUCCGAAGGCAAGCGGAGGGUCAUGCGAAGAUGAGCGAGUCUGAAAAGCUGAAGGCCGCAGAGCUGAGGGCGCUGAUUGAGAAGGUCAGAUUGCAGAAUGCGACGGCCGAGGAGUCAUUUGAAGGAUUCGAUGAUUGA